GUCCCUCCGACAUUUUCCUCCAAUGGGUUUUGAAAAGGAGGUGAGGAGAGAGGACGCGAGUAAAUACAUUUGAGAUGCUCCCACAGACACGCAAGUAAAACGGAAACAUCCGAACGGUGUAUUCAUUGUUACAUGCUUUUAAAUAGCCUACUAACGACGCCUUUUAUCAUCUUUACAACUCAUUCAUCAUUGACUGUAACUGAAGAUGUUUGGCUUCCACAAGCCCAAGAUGUACCGGAGCCUAGACGGUUGCUGUAUCUGUCGGGCCAAGUCCUCCAGCUCCCGUUUCACCGACAGCAAGCGCUAUGAGAGGGACUUUCACAGCUGCUUUGGGCUGAGUGAGGUGCGUUUUGGGGAGAUCUGUAAUGCCUGUGUUCUCCUGGUGAAAAGGUGGAAGAAACUCCCGGCUGGCUCCAUAAAGAACUGGAAUCAUGUUGUUGAUGCUAAAGGUUCCGGGUCGAGCUGGAAGAUGACCGUGAGGUCCAAGAAGAUGAAGAGGCGAGCCAGGCCAAGUCAGAUCAGCCGAGUGCAGAAGGGGCUCAAGAGACGCAGUAAGCAGAUGAUACUCUGUGCUCGGCUAUGCUGCCUUGUGCAGUGUAAACUUUGGGGUUUCAAAAACUCUGACGCCCACAGCACCACCUCCAGUGCCUCCCCUGCCCAUUCUCCCAGCUACAGCAACCAAUCAGACGAGGGCUCGGACAUGGAACUCUCACCUGGUGCAACCCACUCGCCAGUCUUCUCUUUCCUGGACCUCACCUACUGGAAAAGGCAGAAGGUGUGCUGUGGCAUCAUCUACAAGGGACGCUUCGGAGAGGUACUCUUAGACCCCCACCUCUAUAAGCCCUGCUGCCAGAAGAAACGACAGCAUGAGCCAGAGGAGGAAGCACAGGCGAACGUGAUGAGCCCCACGCCACCGAACAUCCCACUCACUCCCCCAGGUCAAAGAUGAGGAACAGUGGGGAUUUGAUGUCAUAAUGUCUCAUGGAGAAAUCACAUGACACUCUACAGAAGUCAGGUGGAGACCGUUGGGAUUUUAUGAUGUUCUGGAGCGUCUUCUGGGAUUGCUUUCUAUUCAAGGGCAGCUGGACUACUUCUAAAAUGUUGCUUUCUGUACCAGGAGGGCAAGGUUUGUAAUUUUACAUCUGUUAACAAUGAUGGACUCUUGCCCCCCUCUGAGUGCUAUGAGAUUGUGAAUAUUCACAAUUUGUUUUCAAUAUGAAAUGCUGGAUCCACUAAAGCUGUAUGAGAAAUGGAGACCUCUGGAACUGUACCUUUUUUGUAGUAGGAUAGAGCCAUAUCCAUUAGGAUAGAGAACAGCCUUCCACACUCUGCCUUCUCCUGUCCUGUACCCCAUACACACACUGGGUCUGGUCACUUUCUGAAAGGAUUUAUUCUCUCUUUUAUUUCGCUUGUCCUUCCCUUAAUCAACAUGGUCAUUGAUCGGACUCCUAAUAAAGGGUAAAGCUGUAGAAAUUUGGCAAAAUCAAUUUGUCAGAGGUGUGGGAAGCAAUUCAGCUGUUUUAAAAAUCUGACCAGAGCCUUAUUCUUUGAGGUUUCUUUGUUAAAGGGACACGUCUACACAACCAAUGUCAUAUCCAGCCUUGACUGUGCACCGGGUGUACUCUCUGAUAUAUUAAUACUAUACUCUUUCCAGUGCACAUUUUAACAUUUGAUAUUGUGACAUUGUUCCGUGUCUUUGGAUGUACAUACAAAGCACAUUCAAACGUUUCAGGGAGCCUAUAGUGUGCCCUAUCGCGCUCUCGAUCGCCAGUCCUCACCUGAACCAAUAUAAGCUAAAAACCCACAAACUGACCUUGGAGCAGCACUUUUUUGAACACUUCCUAUCUCAGUCUACAGACCAGUUCCAUUUAGUUUCCUAGCCCCUUAGAGCAUAUCUGAAGGUGACGGUAUAGUGGACACUUAUUUAUUCCUUUUUAGUUCUUUGAACACAAACAGGGUUCCGGGAAGGGGCUAUGGUGCUAAAUGGAACAAGGACUAUGGACCCUCUUAUGAUGUCAAGAAAAGACUGGCGAGUGGGCCAACUAAAAAGCUUCCCUGGUUUACUCCUAUUGAGAAUUUUGAUGCCCUUUAAUUGUGCUUUAAGUUUGAUGCCUUUCCAGAACUUUUCGAGUCCUGAACGAUUCGGUUGUACAAAUCCGUCUACAUCUUUUGCAUGAUGUUAGUGGUGAAAUAAUAACACUAUUUUCGUCUGCCACUUGGCCUCUGGUGAAAAUACUGUACAGUUCUGAAUAUUAUUGUGUGUAUAUAAGGGGCGGGGGGGGGGGCUACAAUGUAAUGAAUAGAUCGCAAAAAAUGUUCUUAGUAUUGUUAUAUAUGUCUCAUGGAUAUUGAGGGUGGUUCUAUACAAUUGUCAGUACAUGCCGUUAACCGAGAAAGCCCCUCCAACAUCCCUCAUGUAGGCGACUUUUGUCGUCACUUUUAUUUCAAGAAAUGUGUUUUCAGGUUCUGUACCUCCUGCCCUAUCUACUACUGUUAAUGUAAUUUAAAUAUUCUUAAACCAUGGUAAUAUUUUCUGAAACAGACAUUUAAUUUCUAAGCUUUUUAUUCUCCAUGUCAGUGAAAUAGACUAGAGCCUGUAUCAACAUUGCAUAUUGGGGGGGGGGUAUUGUAGAGCUCUGUCCAUGUAUUAGUUCAGUUAGUAUCUAGACGUGAAGGCUCACAUUAACUCAUACUCAUCAUUGAGUGAACUCUUGUUCAAUUAACUAUUUUAUUCUCUGCAUCUGGUUAAUAUCAGCACUGAGUGUACAAAACACUUCCUCUUUCCAUGACAGACAGACCAGGUGAAAACUAUGAUCUCUUAUUGUCACCUGUUAAGUACACUUCAAUCAAUGUAGAUGAAGGGGAAACGGGUUAAAUAAGGAUUUGUUUUUUUAAAUCCUCGAAACAAUUGAAAUAUAGAUUGGGUAUGUGUGCCAUUCAUGGGGUGAAUGGGCGAGACAAAAUCUUAAAGUUUGUUUGAAUGGGGUAUGGUAGUAGGUGCUGUGGUUUGUGUCAAGAACUGCAACGCUGCUGGGGUUUUCAUGCUCAACAGUUUCCCGUGUGUAUCAAGAAUGGUCCACGAACCAAAGGACAUCCAGCCAACUUGACACAACUAUUGGAGUCAACAUGGGCCGGCAUCCCUGUGGAAAGCUUUUGACUCCUUGUAGAGUCCAUGCCCUGACUAAUUGAGGCUGUUCUGAGGGCAAAAGGAGGUGUGCAACUCAAUAUUAGGAAGGUGUUCCUAAUGUUUUGUACUCUGUAUGAUGGCAGCUAUUUCAACAUACAGAUGGUCACCAUGGUUUGAUCAAAGCUUUACUACAGAACCCUAUUUGUAAUGUAUUUGUGUAUAAAGGCAUCAGACAUGGACUAUAUAUAAAAAGUGAUGUUCCUUUAGAUUCCUCUAAUCUUCAGGUUUGAUUGAAUGUUAAGGAAAGUGGUCGUUGCUCUGUUAAUUUAUUUGUAUGCGCUUGUAUAAUUGUUUUGGUUAUUGUUGACUAUUUUAUAACUUUCUCUUGUAACUGUCAUAACCUUUUGUUCUAUUAAAGUAGAGGGCCAACAGUAUUCAAUUCACAUUAUGUAAAAUGUUGCCAUAUGCUGUGAUAUGGAUUGUAUCAAAACUAUACUAUUAUUCAUAGAUUAUGUUUGUAACCAAACUAGGUGUAAUUCUCCUGAGAUCUCCUAUACGGCUGUAAAAUGUGCUUAUUUUAUGUGGUAGUGCUACUCACAUUGUGGUGGAUAUGCACUGUUAUUUGUCUUGGAAAGUCCCAAUUAUUUCUCAACACAUUUUUGUAUUUUUAUACACAUUUGAAUUUAAACUUGUUCAUUAAAUGUAGUUUGGGAUUCAGUCACACUUUUUUUCUCAAUCUCUGGAAUAUGUCUAAUUGUUUUGUUUUGAAAUAAAUGUAUCUUUAUACAAAAGCCAUGAACCUUCUUGAAGCUUUGUCCCUUUUAAUCCAAGGAUACAAUAGCAUGGCUAAAAAGUACAACUUUAACUAUAAUGAAAUUGAAAGAGGACGAGUACAAUGAUUGUACGCUAUAUUAGCCAUAGACUAUUACUAUGAUACUGUAUUAUAAAGGUUUGUGUGUCAUCAGGAGUAAUCAAAAACCCAAUAACGACCACCUGGAAAGAGGCAGGGCCAUUCCUAGUAUAAAUGGUGCACACCUGCAUUCAUUAGGCCUCUUUCCACCAACCAAACUGGUUCAACAGAGUCCAAAAGAUGCUUGUAUAGAAAUGUAGUAAUGGCUGUGGUGUGUAGCCCAAAUGUUUACAUUGUUUGUAUUUAACUACAAUGUUGUUUUUAACUAAACAUUCUAAUUGGAGGCCAUAUUUAAAGCCUCAAUUAUUGCUAUAGCCUGAGUGAUGAACACGGAUUGUUGCUAAUUUUGUAGCAACCAUGUAGAAUCUUAAAGUUCAAGUAUAUUUCCUUUGUUGCCCACGAGAAGAUGCCCUGUUUUGACAUGGUUUGUGUUUUUAUAGUAAAACCAUCUGUCAUCAUCCUCAAACAAACCAUGUUUUUUCAGAUCAUAUACAUUUUUGAAUAAUGAUGUAUUGUGUGAAGUAGGCUAGUCUAGCCGUUUAGUUAACAGUAAUCAACUGUCAUGUGCAUUUAAGGGAUAUUUUAUUUUUUAUGAUUCACCAACCUUGUCUAGGUUGUCGACCAGCUCUUUUCUAUGGUGCCUCCACAGAUGUUUCUGGCCAGACCCUGAGUGGUAGUUUCAAAAGGUCUAUGCAAAUCAUUCUACGUGUUCUGGAAAAUUCAGAGGCAUAUUUGGAUGAUGUGGUAGUAUUGAGUGAAAUUGCCCAAGCAACGGUGAAGUACUUAGGAAAGGUGGUGGAUACUCUUGGUUUUACAGGCUGAUCAAGAUGUUCGACUUGAGGGCCACCAUAAUGUAUUUUAACACUAGGCCUACUUAAUAUGCAUGUAUUUGACAAUAUCUGUAACUUAUGUAUGUCGCUGUGGGUGUUUGUCUUUAUUUUUCGUUAUUUGAACUGCAGUAGCCAAAGUCGGUCAACGUAAUGUGUGGUUUUAUGGAACUAUAUCUGUGGUAAUCUUAAAUUGGUGUCUAAUUAAAUCUGUAAAAAUGAA